AUGCCGGUGGUGAGAAGGCGGGGAAGAUUUGUCGAGGACUGGGGUUUGAUAACUCCUUCCGAGUCGUAUAGGUCAGAGUGGAGGCUUAUGGCUGUUGUGGAGGUCAGAGUGUGGAACAGUUACAAUUGUGAAAUCUUCCGACCAGUUCAUCUAUGCACAAGUCAAUGGCUGUUGUGGACCACCUUUCAUCUGUGGUGGUGUAUGCGGCGGCGCCGUCUGUAUUCGGAGCUUAUGGCGAAGGAGGGACCGGAGGUGAUGAUCGGAGAUGGACCAGAAGGAGAUCGGAGUAAUCGGAUGGCAAAACAAGCAAGACGGAACAGAGCCUUGAGCAAAAGGAAACAGAGUGCUUGA